AUGGUCGCGCUGAUGACAGUGCGUGCGGGGCUGCGGGUACCCGCAGUGCAGAAGCUGGGGCUCCGCGACGCCAGAGGGUCCCCACCGGCCCCGCCCUCUCCACCGCCUUCCCGCUGCACGCGGCCCGAGCCCCCUACCCUCCCCCAUGACGCCCGACGCUGCACCCGGCCGCGGCCCCCGGCCCACGCCCCGCUCCGGCAAGAAAAAGCCCCGCCCCCAUCGGUUGGCGAUACAGAAAAGUCCAACAAUGAUGCUAUGGAGGUACAAGUGAAUGGAAAUCUUAUCAAAGAAGCUGACCAUAUGGAAUUGGAAGAAGAUGAGGACAAUGCUGGGCAACUUAACAUGCGUGGAGUUUUUCUGCAUGUCUUUGGAGAUGCCUUAGGUUCCGUGAUUGUAGUAGUAAAUGCCUUGGUCUUUUAUUUUUCUUGGAAAGGGUGUCCUGAAGGGGAGUUCUGUGUGAACCCAUGUGCCCCUGACCCCUGCAAAGCAUUCAUAGAAGUGGUAAAUAGUACUCAUGCUCCCCUUUUUGAGGCUGGUCCUUGUUGGGUACUGUAUUUAGACCCAACUCUUUGUAUUGUAAUGGUUUGUAUACUUCUUUACACAACUUUUCCAUUACUUAAGGAAUCUGCUCUUAUUCUCCUGCAAACUGUUCCUAAACAAAUCGAUAUCAAGCAUUUGAUAAAAGAACUUCGAAGUGUCAGCGGUGUUGAGGAAGUUCAUGAAUUGCAUGUGUGGCAACUUGCUGGCAGCAGGAUCAUUGCCACAGCUCACAUCAAGUGUGAAGAUCCAACAUCAUACAUGCAGGUGGCUAAAAUCAUCAAGGAUGUUUUUCAUAACCACGGGAUCCAUGCCACCACCAUUCAGCCUGAAUUUGCUACUGUAGGCUCUAAAUCCGGGGUUGUCCCCUGUGAGCUGGCUUGCAGAACUCAGUGUGCUUUGAAGCAGUGCUGUGGGACUCGGCCACAGGCCCUUUCUGGAAAGGAUGCAGAAAAGGCCCCGGCCGUUAGCAUUUCUUGUUUAGAACUUAGUGACAAUCUCGAGAAGAAGCCCAGGAGGACUAAAGUUGACAGCAUCCCUGCCGUUGUGAUAGAGAUUAAAAAAAUUCCAGAUAACCAACCUGAAUCAACUUUGUAAGUCUUGAAGAGGUGUGAUAGUUGACUGUUGCUUUUAAGCUGCAAGAGAUAAAAAACGAAAAUCUCCACAGAAUUUCUAAGUUUGCCAAGUUGUGUAAUUGAAAUUCUUGUUCUGGUCACACAGUUUAAAUCUAUUUUUGUAAGAACAUUAUGGGACUGCCUAACAGAGUUCUACGAACAGCUUGGUGAUUAUUAGUACAGAGUACAGCUAUGCUGUAGCCAUUUUUGCAAAGUCAGUUUUAACACUAUGUUACAUUUUUGUUGAAAGUAAGUAUAAACCUUCUAUAACAUAAUGGCAUUUGAUUUCCGUUUUCCCAAAUAAAAAUUAAUUAGGGGGAUGAAUAAAUUGUUACUGGAAGCUCUGCUUUUCUCUCCCCCACCCCCAGGGUUUUACUUUUGUGUAUUAGCAUUGCAAUCACUAGAACUUUAAAUCAUCAAGUUUGUAUCCUUUAAUAUUUUAGAUAAUAUAUACUUACCUUUUGAGAUCCUCAUUAUGAUGUGUAGUGGCAUAUUUAAGAGUGACUCAAGAACAUUAGUAAGAGAAGUUCCUUUUUGUAAUUUACCCGGAGUAUUAGUAGUACUUAAGAUCAAUUACUAACCUAUGGUCUGUAUUUCUGAGUGUUCGUUGAAGAGACAGUGCUAGGGUUAAUAAAUUGUGGACUCUGGGAUGCGCAUAUACUAGGAUAUAUGGGGACUAAAAGCAGGUAAGAAAGUUCACCAAACUAAACAUUAUUUAGAUUAUGGUAAGCACUCAGAAAAUAAUUCUAAAUUGUUUUUGAGAAUUUCAACUCCUCUGUUUUCUUUUACCAAAGUGAAUCUAACCCAUGGGCGUGUUCACCAGCAUUCCUGUCUUUGAGAGACUGGUAUCAGAAACAGUGAGGCGGGCAUUUAUUUCCUCGCUAACUAAACAACGAAUAGCUCUCGGGAGAUUAGGUUUGAUAACGUUAACGGUGAGCUAUUAAUAUCAUCUUCUAAAUGGCGGGCAAAUGCUAUUUUAGAGCUCAGAUCAUUUCAUGGUGACCAAUCAUGAAUGGAUUUAAAUGAAGUUUUCCAAGCAAAACUAGCAAUGCUUGUGGUUGCUAAGAGCCACCGACUUGGGAGGGGGGAAGAAAAUCUGAAGCUUAAAUGCAGUUGGAAUAUGAAGUUAAGACAGCAAAUUAUUUUGGCUAGACUCCUGUCUGACAUGGUUCUGAUACACAGGAAACUGUUUUUGGCUGUUUCAUUUUGCUAUAUAGAUUUCCAAGCCAUCACAGGAAAAAAAUAUUUUAGGGUAUUUAAGUUAUAUUUUUCUUGGUAAAGAGGGUGUUAAGCUCUGGGAAGAAACUAGUUUUGUCCUCUAAAGGAUGAAAAUGAUGAUCAGUUAUCAUGUAUAGCUCUAUUUUUCUAGAAACAAGGUGUCCUGACUACUUAGGUAACUUUUAUAGCUGACUACUUUUGGAAUGGCUAUCUUGGGGAUCUGAAAUAAUUGUUUAAUGGGUCUUAAGAUGAAGUUUGGAAUUUGACAGUUAACUUUUUAAAGGAUGAUAUUUGUGGUAGAUGGUGGUUUCUUUGUUUUCUGGUAUAAGCCUAUUGCUGGCAAUGGGCCUAUUUAAGAAUAGCCAAUUUCUCCAAUGAGAAUAAAGGUAAUUUUGGAACAUGGUUUGUAAGUUCACAUUUACUGUAAAGGGCCCAAACCAUAACCUGCCAAUUUGCAAUACAUUUUAAUCUUUUAAUACUCUCACUUGAUACUGGGUAAUUCAAUUCCUAAACUGGUAGUUAGCUUGAAUUUUGCAAAAGUGUUUUGAGGUUUGUUUUUUUUCUUUGUUUUUAACAUGAUACAUGGGAUCUCAUGUGGGUGAACAAGAGAGAAAUCUGCGAAUUGUACUGUGCAUGUGCAUUCCUGGUUUAACACAUUAAACUGCAGAACAUUUUAAAUUAGUUCAUGUAACAGUGGAUGCUCCUUUUUUUCAAAGGACUUUGUCAUAAUUAAAAUCAGUGGGCACCGACUCACCUUUUGAGUUUUAACAGACUUAUUUCUUUAUGAUGCACUUUUCUAACCCAUUUUUAGCUUAUCCUAGCAUUACUUUAAAAACAUGCUUUUAUAUUUAUUGUGGAAGAUCAGUGUCUUUUCAAAAUAGCUUAUUCCUUUCUGAAAUAAAAUGAGGGAAAUACUCUGGAUUACUAAGAGACUUAACCCAAGAUUUAAAUAGGCUGUUCUAUAUUACACUGCAUCAGUUACAGGACAUGCAACUCUGCUGGCUCUUUUAUAUUGGAGCAAGAUCAGUGUAUCUAGAAUACAUGUUUAGAAACUUGUCCUUUGUCUCAGUUUAGUGAGAAGAAGGUGCUGUGCGUGCCUGAAAUUAAAACCAACUCAGUUAUUUUUCCCAGCCAAAUGCAGCCUUAGUGUUGAGAGCUUGAAUGCUCCAUUGCCACCUGUUAGCGUAUAUGAUUAAUAUUUUUGAGGGUGUCUGCAUGAUAAGAAAGGUGUGGACUAGAAUCUAAAACAAAACAAGAACCCAAACUCAGACACUUUGCUGUAGGUAUUUUAAUGCAUUCGAAAGCAAUAUGUUGAAUACCUAAGGUAUGUCAUUUGAGCAGGAAAAAAUGUCUACCCAGUGCACCUUAGCAAACCACUGUCGGUAUGGAGAAAAAAGGCUCUGGGAGCGAGCUUAUAUGUUGCUAACAUCCUCCAUGAAUUUUGCAUUUUUGAAAGUUUUGAGGGAAAUUAGCCUAUGAAAUCUAAUGUGAAGUAUUUAGUAUGUUACCUGGUAUUGAGUUGAAGAUUUUUACUGUUUAUGAAUGGAUGUCAUCUGAAUGAUAUGUCAUUUACCUGCUGUCUUAAGAUAUUCACACAAACAAAUAUGGAGAGCAAUUCUACAAUAUAAAAAUAUUUAUUUUAAUAUUUUCAGUUAAGUCAUAAAACAGUGUUAAAACUCUUAGAAAGGUGGAGGGUUUGUUUUUUUCCUUUCCUGUUUGUUUUUGGAUGGAAACUGUCACAUAACAGCGAUGACCGUCUCUGCAAUGGAACUUGUAAUAGUACCAUUUUGAUGUGGCUCUACCGAUUUGACGCCGUGGCAAUGCUCUUUUGUUUUCUAACAAGCUCUGAAAUAUUAGCUGUCAUUCUCACUGACACAAAAGCCUUUUUGUGUGUCAAUUUCAACUUUUAAACCAAAAAUUUUGUCGUCUGGUGUCUUUGGCAAAAAGAUACUGAAGGGAAUGUAACAUACAACUAAUCUGUGGUUAUAUAUUAAGACACAAAUUGCCACAUUAUGGUUCUGCCUUGAAACAGCACAAUGAAGUGUAUCAGUGUAUGCUGUGAUUCUUUAUGAAGCUUUCCUAUUGUGUUUUUGUGUCUGCUGUUGCCUGUUCUUGGGGCCAAACGUGGCAAAGUUAUCAUCUCAUUAAAUGCAGAUGCAGAUAAAAUGUCUUUAGUGCUGCAACAUUAUACCUAACUUUUUGUAUGUUUUAUGACUGUGUUAUUUUCCAAAGCUGUUCCUACCUCGCCAUGAGGCUUUAUGGAUUGUUAAUGUAUUAUAAAUGUUCUAUAUGAGACAGACUACUGUGUUUCUUCUCAUUUAUUAAAAGUAGAAAAAUAAACUAAUUUUAAUAUCUA